AUGCAGUUCUUUACCGCUCCUCUCCUCAUCGCAGCCCUCGGUCUGAGCACCGCAGCUCUCGCCGCAGCCAUCCCCGACACCGAGCACUCGGUGUCCGAAUACCGCUGGCAUGGCUGUGCCGCGGGCGUUUACUGCACUUCAGAUAACGACUGCCAGUCAGACGACGGCUGUCUGUCCACAUCUGGCAAUAUCAUUUCCAACAUCCACUGCGGACAGGCUAAUCACCCGCAUAGCUGCUGGGCUGAAUGGACAACUUGA